AGGCUGGGGGGGUGUCGUCGUCGCCGCCGCUGCCGCCGCCACCGCUACCGCCGCCGCCGCCGCCGCCGAGGUGACUGAGGAGAGAGGCGCCUUCCCUCGCUCCCGCCUCCGCCGGACUUCAAUGCCCAGUUCGCAGCUCGCCAGCGUUUUUCGUUGGAAUAUACGUUGUACAUUUAUGGCGAUUCUGAGCGUGAGGGCAGACUUCUGCCAGGCUCAGCACAGUGUUUUUGCUGACAAGUGAGCUUGGAGGUUCUAUGUGCCAUAAUUAUAAUUAACAUUGCCUUGAAGACUCUGGACACCAAGACUGGCCUCAGAAAUAGUUGGCUUUUUUUUUUUAUUGCAAGCAUAUUUCUUUUAAUAACUCCAGUAAAAUUAAGCAUCAAGUAAAGAAAAGUGGAAAACAAUCUACACUUUUAACUUGUCUCACUAGUGCCUAAAUGUAGUAAAGGCUGCUUAAGUCUUGUAUGUAGUUGGAUUUUUUUUGCAGUCUGAAGGGAUCCAUCUGCAGACAUUGAGGCCCAAGUGGAUUCUAAAUACUUCUGCCUAUCUUGAAGAGUGAAGCUUCCUAAGGAAUAAACAAGUUGAAUAGAGAAAAUAGUGAUCGAUAAUAGGCAUUUUAGUGGUCUUUUUAAUGUUUUCUGCUGUGAAACAUUUGAAGAUUUAUUGAUUUUUAAAAAAAUUUUUAUUUUCCCCACUACACUCACACACGCACGCUCACACUUUUUAUUUGCCAUAAUGAACCGUCCAGCCCCUGUGGAGAUCUCUUAUGAGAACAUGCGUUUUCUGAUAACUCACAACCCUACCAAUGCUACUCUCAACAAGUUCACAGAGGAACUUAAGAAGUAUGGAGUGACAACUGUGGUUCGAGUUUGUGAUGCUACUUAUGAUAAAGCUCCAGUUGAAAAGGAAGGAAUCCACGUUCUAGAUUGGCCAUUUGAUGAUGGAGCUCCACCCCCUAAUCAGAUUGUAGAUGAUUGGCUGAACCUGUUAAAAUCCAAAUUUCGUGAAGAGCCAGGUUGCUGUGUUGCAGUGCAUUGUGUUGCUGGCUUAGGAAGGGCUCCUGUGCUGGUUGCGCUUGCUUUGAUUGAAUGCGGAAUGAAGUAUGAAGAUGCAGUUCAGUUUAUAAGACAAAAAAGAAGGGGAGCAUUCAAUUCCAAACAGCUGCUUUACUUGGAGAAAUACCGACCUAAGAUGCGAUUACGCUUCAGAGAUACCAAUGGGCAUUGCUGUGUUCAGUAGAACUAUAAAGGAAGGCUUACUUGAUUGUGGCAUUUAGAGGGAACUCUUGGUACCUGGAAAUGUGAAUCUGAAAUCUUACCUGUGUCAUCAAAGUAGUGAUGGAUUCAGUACUCCUCAACUCCUAAUGAUUGGGGAAAAGCUAAUGAUAAAUCCCUCUAAAACAUGAAUAAAAUCUUUAAGAAAAGGAGAAAAGAUAAAGGGAUUAAUUAAGUGAAGGAUGAUUUUGCUCCUAGGUUUUGGAGUUAUAAUUUCUGCCAGGAUUGAAUUAUUCCAGAAUCUCCUGUCCUUUUUAACUUUUCAAAAUAGGUCUCUAAGGAAAACCAGCAGAAUAUUAACCAGUGCAGAACCAGCUGGGGAGCACACUCUUCCAUUAUGCUUGGCACAUAGAUCUCUUUGGGGUGGGAUUGGGGGAGGUCUACUGUCCCUGUCUCCUCUCCUUUCUCCUGCUGUCCCCUUCCCUCCCCAAUACACAUAGGUGGAAUAGAAGAAGCCCUUGUUGCUGUAGAUGUGCGUGUGGUCUGGCAGCCUUAAGCCCACCUGGGCACUUCUAGAAUAAAACAAAAACACCAAAACAAAAACAAAAAAAACAGUGGCGCUUAUAUAUUAUAUGAUCCAGGUGGUUUUUAGUCUUUAUUAAUGAUGGGUGUUCAUGUUAGUUUCUUUUCCUCAAAGCCCUGGUCUAACAUUAGGACAUUAAGCAAAGAAGCCAGGGGCCUUUUGUUUGGGUAAAUUAGUGAAGCAAUGGCAUUUGAAGAGGAGUCUGUCUUCUCAUCUAACUUAGUUGAGAAUAGAUUUAUUCUCUUUCCCAACCAGUGAAACUAAGUGGGCAUCCCAGAAACUUGUUUUCUGAAGAGGAUGUCUCCAGGACAUCUUUAAAGAUGUGACCAGCAGAGAAUUAGCAUGCUUUAUACAAACUGUAGGAUUGUCAGCUGUGGUACUGCUGUGAUUUUCUGUCUAAUGUUGUCCUAAAAAGUUUAAAAUGCUUUGAGGACAUAUUUGUACUCUGGAUUUUCAGUCAAAGGGGCAAUAUCAAAUUCACAAUAUUUUGGUCUUGAGACUUGCCUGUUGUGGUUAUUUUACAAACUGCUUCCUAUAUGUAUAGUUCAGUUUAACCACUGAUGACAUUGUUACUACUGGGUUCUUUAGAGAGUAAAAAAUUCCAAGAAGAAAAAUCAAGGUUAGAACCAGUAAUGUGUACUAAGUAUGUACCCACAGGCUGUGAUAGGGACUAGUAGCUUAUUAUGUGUGUAGUGGUAACACCUGCAAAUUCUCUGCUGGUAUCAGUGUGCUAAUCUAGAGAAGCUGUUCUCUUAUCUGUGGUGACUGCUGUGACCAGGCUGCACUGACAAAGCACACGGAGGGGCAUAAUCGGGAGCUCUUGAACUUUUUACCUUAAUGUCACAUACUUAAUUGUCCUGAAUCUAAGGCCCUGAAUACAGGCCUCAAGUCAUCAUGUCCCACUUAAAUUUGCUGUGCAGAGCCAUAAGAUUUCUAUUUUAUUAGCAUUAGCUAGGCCAGUAGGAAUGGACUGGGACAUUGUCUCACACUGAUGAUACCUCAGAUGUUGGCCGGCUAUGUGAACUGCCUAUUUCUUACUGUUGGAGUUGUUUUGAUUUCUAACUAAAUACAAAUAAGUAGUCUCCUUCCCUCAUCCCAGAAAAUGAAAAAUAAUGCUUUUUGACAUUGUUUCGACAUUGUUUCUGGAACUUAAAAAAAUGAUGGUACUAUCCAAAAUCCUCUUUAUUUUUUUUGAAUGACAAUAAAGAUUCCUUUAACAUAGACUCAAUCAACAUCUAACCCUUUAAGUCUAGUAAACUGUUGACUGCAAGGGUUUUGAUCAAUCCAGACACCAACAAAAUCUUAUUUGACAAAUUACUCUGAAUUUUGUCUGUGUGUGUGCGCACGCAUGCGUGAGGGUGCAUGCAUGCAGUGUCCAUUAAUAUCAAUGCCUGCCUGAGUUGGGAGAAUUACAUUCCUGGUUCUGUGAGGAGGAGGGUGUGUAAAGAAACAUGAAACAGCCCCAUUUUGUUUUAAAUUAGACUAAUGUUUAUUGUUCUCAGAACUGGACUUUUUCUCAAAAUUAAAACAUUUUUUUCUUUUGCGUUUAAUGAAGUAUUGCUAGCUGAAGCCAGUUUGACAUGGUGAGAGAUGUCAGACUGAUGAAUGGUGUGCAGCCUGAUUUAAAACCAAACCCUGAACCCUUUUAAAGAACAAUAAAACAUAUUUUACAUG